GUUAACCUAAGCUAACCUAAUCUUAUAAUAAACGCGUAGUCGGUGUUGGAUGUCGGGGAUCGUGUUCAGUCUUGUUUGUAAUAUCAUCAACAUAACUUCGCAAGAGAAACUAGUGCCCUAUUUUAGACAAUUUCCAAAACUUCAGUGAGUGUCUUCAAGUUAAAAAAGAAAGAAACGAAUAUAUAUGUAUAAUAUUAUCGAGUUUGACCAGGCAGCAGGAGGUGGCCUAGCAAUUGUUCAUACUAAAUGGCUCACUCCGCGCAAAAAAGAAGUAUUUUGGCCUCCUUAUAAAGACAAUGGGUCUUUUAAGCGAGCAUUAAAAAUGGGAGAAGAAAUCAAUGAAAAGACAUGGCAUAUUUAUGGAAUAGAUCGAAGUUUCUAUGAGACUGAUGAUUUAGAUAAAGCUAGACGCAAACUUUCCUUGGCAGAAAUUACAAGUGAUCUUAAUACUGAACCGGAAGAAAAUUUACAACCUCAAAAAAGGAUUAACCAAAAAGACCAAACGAUAAAAAAGACCAAAACGAUUAUAUAGUGAUGAAGAGAGUGAAGACAAAGAAUAUAAAUUUAAGCGCCCACCAAAAAUCACUGUACAAGC